AUGGCAGAUAAGAUGUACAUAGAUGGAGCUGGUCAGUCUAGUGUGAAUUCGGAAAAAUUCUACGAGAGAGACAAGUUGGUCAAGGAGCGCGGGCGAGCUAUCAUGGACACAAUCCCUUCCAGUUCGUACUCAUGUGUAGAGGUGCAGGAUAUUAAAUUCAUGUGCAAGAGGAAGGGUGGAAGCUUGUAUAAAAAUCUACCCUACAAUGAGUGGUGUCACACAGUUCAGAUUGAACCUGAUGUGAUCUCAAUGUCAUUGGUUCCUAUUACAUCGUUACUGAGUGGGAUUCAUGGGAGCGGAUUUUUAAGUCAUGCCAUUAAUCUCUAUCUUCGUUAUAAGCCGCCAAUUGAAGAACUGCAUCAAUUUUUGGAGUUUCAACUUCCAAGGCAAUGGGCGCCGGUGUUUGGUGAGCUUGCGCUUGGUCCUCAGAGGAAGCAGCAAAGUAGUGCAUCUUUACAGUUCAGCUUCAUGGGUCCUAAGCUUUAUGUUAAUACAACUCCGGUUGAUGUGGGUAAGAAGCCAGUGACUGGUCUCCGAUUGUAUUUGGAGGGAAAAAGAAGUAACUGCUUAGCAAUCCACUUGCAGCAUCUUUCUACGCUGCCAAAGACCUUCCUACUCCAGGAUGAAGUGAAUGGCAAUAUUUCUCAUCCUUCAUCUGACCGGAGAUAUUACGAAAAGGUUCAAUGGAAGAGCUUCUCUCAUGUAUGUACAGCUCCUGUGGAGGCUAACGAUGAUUUCUCUGUUGUCACUGGUGCUCACUUUGAAGUUGGAGACUCUGGCCUGAAGAAAGUUUUAUUUUUACGGCUUCUUUUUUCUAAAGUUAGUGGUGCAACUAAUGUUAGACAAGCUGAGUGGGAUGGUUCCCCUGGCUUGGCACAGAAAUCUGGAUUAAUUUCGACCCUUAUCAGCACGCGUUUCUCGAGUGCUCAGAAACCACCUCCUCGGCCUUCUGAUGUGAACAUAAACUCCGCUGUGUAUCCCGGGGGCCCUCCAGUGCCCACACAGACACCUAAACUUUUGAGGUUUGUUGACACAACAGAAAUGACUAGAGGACCACAGGAUUCACCUGGGUAUUGGGUUGUGUCGGGGGCAAGGCUUAUGGCUGAGAAGGGUAAAAUAUCUCUACGAGUCAAGUAUUCUCUCUUGACCAUGAUUUUACCUGAUGAGGAAGAGAUGCCAGAUAAUUAUUGA